UGAACACUGUUUGAGAUUUCAACCAAUCAGUGAUGACAUGAGUUUCCAAGUGUUUGGAAAAUAUAUAAACAAUUUGAUGACAAUUAAGACAUUCAGACAAUAAAAACAUUUAUUUUUAAACCUAUUUUCACAUCAAUUGUCUGCAUUUGAAUCAAUUGAUUAUACUUUUGAACGACAACUACAAUGAAAUCACUGUUAAGACAGUCGUUAAUAUCUAAGACAACAUUAUUAUCAAGUGUUGGACACAAUCAUCAAUUUAUGACAUCAUUGACAACAACCAGAAGACAAUCGACACAAUUGAUGACAUCAUCGGCUCAAGACUCGGACAGUGACACCAAUGAAGACAAUUCAGAGAUUGUUAUGAAAGUGGUUGAGACAGAAAUGAAGCGCAGAUUUGAAGGAACGACAAAUCAACUGAAAUACAGUCUUUCGAAGCCAUCAGUGGUAUCACUGGUGAAGACAUUGAAUGUAAAGAAAUGGCAAAAACAUGUGACCGAAGGACUCAUUGACAUUACUAUCGAUCCAAUUGAAACACUUUUGAGAAGUGAUUACUUCACUGAAAAAACUGUUGACCACUACUUGAAUGUUGAGUUUAUUACAUGUCCUUCACAUACAUUAGGUUCAAGUGUUGUCCAAUUGGGUGAACCACACAUCAACUCAACUGUAACUAACAAAUCGUUUGAAUCACCACUAAUUAAAAGGUUUGGUCGUGUAAUAAAAAAUAUGAAGAAUAAUGAAAUACGAGAAGAUAAUGUCAUGAUUUUUGUUAAUAUGGUAACCGAUUAUUUGAAUUAUGAUACAAAUGACAACAUUAUAUUAGAUACAAAGCGACCAAUUAAGGUGUACUUUGGCGAAGAACCCGAAACAGCUAUACCUGAUCUGACAAUCUUUGACAACAGUAAUAAAGGGAACAGAUUUCUGGACAAACCUAUUGUUUGCACAUAUGAAUUGAAGUCUGUUGUCAAUUCAAGUGAUUCAUAUGACCGACACAGGGCUCAGGCCGUCGGGACGGCUAUUAUGGCCGGUGCUUAUAAUUUCCAUACAUUUGACUCAUUGGAUCCAAUAUUUUGUGUUUUAAUUAGAAGCAAAUGGUUUCACUUUUUCGAAAUCAAAAUAACAAAAAAAUAUACAAAACGAUUGUUAAGUAAUGACUUAACAAAAGCUGAUAAAGUGAUAGUAAAACAACUAAAUUAUGGAAAUCCUUUUGACUUUGAAGACGAAAACCACAAACAAAUUAUCUAUCAAUUGUUGCUUUCGAUUAAUUCAUUCAAACAAUUGUAUCACAAUAGAGAUGAUAUUUAAACUUAAAUAUCAUUUAGAGUACAUUGCAUUUGCGCUGAGAGAUAAAGAAAGAGAGAGAGAGAGAGAGCACCCACUGCUCAGUCAUAGCCGAUGUUUAUACUAUCUAUCGGUUGUUUCAAUACUAUAUAUAACAAUAGUAUUGAAUAUAUAUUUUUAGUGAAUAUAUUCGUAACGAUAUAAUCAUUUGAUUGUCCGACCCAUCAA